CUCUGGCCUGAGUCCUUGGGCCGGGCCGGGGCGCCAGGGGCAACGGGGUGCGAGAGCGCUGAGCCGAACCCGCGGCCAAGGCGCCCGGUGCCUUUGCGGCCUGGUCUGCCCCGCCUGGUCCUGGGGCGGCGGCGGUGACCUGAGUCAGCCGGCCCCCUCCCAGCCCCGGGCUUGGCGGGAGGGGGGGGGGACCCCUUCCUCCGGUGAAGGGGCCCCAAACCGCCCCCCCUUCCAUGGGACAGGCUGGGCCUCCUUGGCGGCCAGACACCAGACAGAGGUGAGCCAGUGGCUCUCUGUUUGUCAGGUCAGGAGGCACUUCCUGGGUGUCUGAGCGAGAAGGAAACAUCAGGCUAGGGUCAGGCUCUGGGUCAAGGGGUGUGGGAGUUUCAGGGAGGAGGAGGCUGGGUGCUGUGUUGCAGGGGCCUGCCGGUGCCCCGCCUGAGGCUACCCUGGGUCCCUCCUCCCUGGGCCAGGCUGGCCUGGGGUGGUCCCUGUGCAUGAAGGUGUCCCUGGUGGCAGGGGAGGAGGGUAGGCAGGCUUGAGGUGCUUCUCAGGCGCACCCACAAACCACCUCUGCCCCCACUCCAGGUGGAGGUGGCCCCAGCAGCGCUGGGAGCGGGGGCCCAGCUGGUGACGUCUCUCCUUCCCUACCUCUGCACUCUCCCCCCACCCCCCAGGGCCCUGCCCAGGCCUCUCCUGAUGCCUGCCUAGAACAGGGCCUCAGUGGCUCGUCACUCCUCUGGCCCUGUCUGUUGGGUCCUCUGUGCCUGUCUCCCCAGUGAGCCUUAAGCCCACUCCUCCCCCACUCAGGCUUCCCAGGCCUGUCCCUGCUUACCAACCUGGUUGGGCCCUCCCCAGCCUGUAGCUCCCAGACCCCAGCACAGCCAGCGCCUGGGGGGGGGGGUCCCCCCAUUCCAGGACUCCGCCCAGCUUCCUCUGGGCUUUAAGCCGACUCCUCCCCAAGGUCACUCGGCCUGCCUGCACGAGCUGGAAUUUGAACUUGGGUCUGGUGCCUCCACCCUCCCUGCCCUGCUGGGGCCUCCUCCACGGCCCAGCCAGGCACCCUGCUUGGCCUUCCCUUUGCACCCGGAAAAUGGCCGCAGUAAAACCAAAGUGCAGCCUGGGCCCCAGGUGUUGUCCGGUUCCCUUGGGGUUGCCCAGCUCCCCUGCCCCGGUCAGCUGACCGGAAUGGGCCCGUAGGCGGCCCCUCCCCCAGCUGCUCCCCAACCCAGAUGCCAGCUCCUGGACUCAGCUCUUUGGCUGGCCCUGCCGAGGCCCCCCGCCACCCUGCUCCAGGGAGGUGAAGGCCACAGUGUUCUCAGCCUAGGCUCCCCAAGGAGAAGGGCCAUGUGUCAACCUGUGCUUGUCUGUGUGUGCCCAGAGGCCUGGAUUUUGCCCAGGCCUUGGACCCAGGCCACACAGGCCUCCAUCACCCCCCCAUCGCCAGCCACGACCGAGGACGCCAUGAGCCAGCUGGGGUCCGUGAGCUGCUGCCCCGGUGCUGCCAACGGCAGCCUGGGCCGGUCGGACGGUGUGGCCAAGAUGAGUGCCAAGGACCUGUUUGAACAGAGGAAGAAGUACUCCAACUCCAACAUCAUCAUGCAUGAGACCUCCCAGUACCAUGUCCAGCACCUGGCCACGUUCAUCAUGGACAAGAGUGAGGCCAUCGCGUCUGUGGAGGACGCCAUCCGGAAACUGGUGCAGCUGAGCUCCAAGGAGAAGGUCUGGACACAGGAGAUGCUGCUGCAGGUCAACGACCAGUCACUGCGGCUGCUGGACGUGGAGUCCCAGGAAGAGCUGGAGAACUUCCCGCUGCCCACCGUGCGGCACAGCCAGACGGUGCUGGACCAGCUGCGCUACCCGUCCGUGCUGCUGCUCGUGUGCCAGGACUCGGAGCAGAGCAAGCCCGACAUCCACUUCUUCUACUGCGACGAGGUGGAGGCGGAGCUCGUGCACGAGGACAUCGAGAGCGCGCUGGCCGACUGCCGUCUGGGGAAGAAGAUGCGGCCGCAGACCCUGAAGGGCCACCGGGAGAAGAUCCGGCAGCGGCAGUCGGUCCUGCCCGCCCCCAAGGGCCCAGCCCCCAUCCCCUUCCAGCGCCACGGCGGUGACUCUCCGUCCAGCAAGAACCGAGUGGGCCCGCCCGUGCCCCUCAGCGAGCCGAGCUUCCGCCGUCGGGAGUCGCAGGACGAGGAGCCGCGGGCUGUGCUGGCCCAGAAGAUAGAGAAGGAAACGCAAAUCCUCAACUGCGCCCUGGACGACAUCGAGUGGUUCGUGGCUCGGCUGCAGAAGGCGGCCGAGGCUUUCAAACAGCUGAACCAGCGCAAGAGGGGGAAGAAGAAGGGGAAGAAGGGGCCAGCAGAGGGCGUCCUUACGCUCCGGGCACGGCCCCCCUCGGAGGCCGAGUUUGUUGACUGUUUCCAGAAAAUCAAGCUGGCUAUCAACCUGCUUGCCAAGCUGCAGAAGCACAUCCAGAACCCCAGCGCUGCGGAACUGGUGCACUUCCUCUUUGGACCGCUAGACCUGAUCGUCAGCACCUGUGGGGGCCCAGACAUCGCAUGCUCCGUCACCAGCCCCGUGCUCUCCCGCGACGCCGUGGGCUUCCUGCGAGGCCACCUGGUUCCCAAGGAGAUGACGCUGUGGGAGUCACUGGGGGAGACGUGGACACGCCCCCGCCGGCGCCGCCGGCCGUCUGCGUCCUCCACCAGUGCCCGCCUCUUCAGCCCACCUCUGUGCACUGCCCUCUCCACGCCCCCCUGCCCUGGCCCUCACCCCGUGCCAAGCCCAGGUGGUCCUUCUUCCCCACAGCCGACUCCAGUGAGCCGACCAUCCUUUCGAAACUCCCCAAAACACAGCCUCGUACCUGAGCCCACACCUCCGGGGGACGUCCUCCCACCGGUCAGCUCCCCGCAGGCUCACAGGGGCUACGAACCUGCACCGGCCAUGGCCAAGUACGUCAGGAUCCUCUAUGAUUUCACGGCCCGGAAUGCCAACGAGCUGUCAGUGCUCAAGGACGAGGUCCUGGAGGUGCUGGAAGAUGGCCACCAGUGGUGGAAGCUUCGGAAUCGCAGCGGCCAGGCCGGCUACGUGCCCUGCAGCAUCCUGGACGAGACUCGGCUGGAGGACGUCCCCCCAGAGCAGGCCAGUCUGAAAUACUGGGGUCCUGCCAGCCCCGCCCACAAGCUGCCCCCAAGCUUCGCAGGGAACAAAGAAGAGCUGAUCCACCACAUGGACGAGGUCAACGACGAGCUCAUCAAGAAGAUUAGCAACAUCAAAACGCAGCCGCAGCGGCACUUCCGCGUGGAGCGCAGCCAGCCCGUGGGCCUGCCGCUCACCUACGAGUCCGACCCCCACGAGGUCCGCGCCUGGCUGGAAGCCAAGGCCUUCAGCCCGCGGAUCGUGGAGAACCUGGGCAUUCUGACCGGACCCCAGCUCUUCUCGCUCAACAAAGAGGAACUGAAGAAGGUGUGUGGGGAGGAGGGCAUCCGCGUGUACAGCCAGCUCACCGUGCAGAAGGCGGUCCUGGAGAAGCAGCAAGGUGGCUCGGAGCUGGAGGAACUCAUGAGCAGGUUUCAUUCCAAGAACCAGAGGAGAGUGGAGGAGGACAGCUAGAGCCGGCCGGCAGGGCCCACCCCAGCGCGUGGAGGGUUAUUUUUGGAUGUGUGUAUGUUUCGUAUCAUGGACGUGGAGUGGGGGGCGGCUGGGGGCGCCUCACCUGCCUCGUGGCACGUGGCCUGUCCUCAGGCUCCCCAGCGCCUCGGGCCCCCCCCCCCAGGCUGCCUGCCCCAAGGCCCUGUUCCGCCAAACUAGCCGCCUGGAGAUGCCAGCCCCUCACGCACCUGCCCCUGAAGCCAGAGCCGUGGCCUUUCCAGCCCCGCCCCGCCCCCUUCCCGGCUUUCAGACCCACCCCCUCCCUGAGGCCACAGGACCCCCACGAGGCAGGCAGCCGGGACUUACCCUUUGCCCCCCCCCCCCCCCCCCCCGUUCACAUGGGGGCUCCUCCUGGCGCUUGUGACCCUGGCCCCAACCUCGUGCCCCUGGCUGCUGCUUCUCACGUGCCUGUGGAUGGGCUGUGGGCCAGAAGGGCAGGAGGCUUCAGCCACCCUGGGCGCCGAGCGGGGCCUCGCCCCCAGGCAUGGCCCACAGCACCCACCCAGCGCAUCGCUCCCCAAAGGUGGCCGGGGGGGUGGCUCCAGGCUCCACUGGGGCAGGGUGCGUGCUCCACCCUUUCGGGGAGCGGGGAGCCAGGUUGGACUGGAUAUGCUCUCACCCAAGCAUGGCCUUCGACGCCCCCAUCCCAACGCCGCUCCCGCCCCCAAGGCAGAGGCCAAGAAAGGAACUUUCUCUGACCGGGUCUCAGGCCGGGCUCACCCUGCGUGCUGUGUGGGUGGUGGGUGAGUCUUGGAGCCCCGAACUCUGCAGAGAUGACAGGUGACCAAGGUUCAAAGGCCGUGUCAUUAAACCAGUUAAGUAUG